UAUUAGAACUGGCGAAAUUCGCGCGAGACUCCUCCACCUCGGCCUCGGAGCCUAUACAGGACCGUUUCCGAGGGAAUCGUCCUAGCUAGCGCACGACACAAAAUCGUGAUAUUUAGUAAUAUAGCAACCGUAAUAACAUUGACAAACGUAACAUUGAAAUGGAAAAAAGUGGCGAUGGAUUGCUGUUUCGCGCUGAGAGAAAUAAUGGUGCCGAUGAAACAGCCAUGGACAUUGUUGACGAAAGAGUGGCUAUCUUAGACGCAGGUGCACAGUAUGGAAAAGUGAUAGAUCGAAAGAUUCGUGAAUUGAAUGUCCAUAGUGAAAUUCUGCCACUCGAUACGCCAGCAUUUACUCUUCAAGAAAAAGGAUACAAAGCUAUUAUCAUUUCUGGAGGUCCUAGUUCAGUAUAUGCAGAAGAUGCACCCAGAUAUGAUGCCGAUAUCUUUCGAAUAGGAAUUCCUGUAUUAGGUAUUUGUUAUGGAAUGCAAAUGAUGAACAAAGAGUUUGGAGGUACUGUAACUAGAAGGGAGAGUCGAGAGGAUGGUCAAUUUCCCAUUGAAGUUGAUACCAAGUGCCUGUUAUUUAAGGGCUUGGACAAGGACCAGAUGGUACUACUAACUCACGGAGAUAGCAUAGACAGGGUAGCUGACUGUUUUCGUACUACUGCCAGAUCGUCAAGUUUUAUAGCGGGUAUAGCGAGUGAUAAGAUGAAUUUAUACGGCGUGCAAUUUCAUCCAGAGGUAGACUUGACGCCUAAUGGAAAAUCGAUGUUACAUAACUUUUUAUUCGGCAUUGCUGGCCUUACGGGCAAUUACACGCUCCGCGAUCGGGAGGCUCAAUGUAUACAAUACAUCAGAAAUACUGUAGGCGAUAAAAAAGUUUUGUUAUUGGUGAGCGGUGGUGUGGAUUCGACGGUAUGCGCGGCUUUGUUACAAAAAGCCUUAAGUAAGGAGCAAGUUAUAGCACUACACAUUAAUAACGGCUUCAUGCGUAAGGGAGAAACGCAGUUCGUCGAACAAAGUCUAGCUCAAUUGUGCGUGACGUUAAGAGUGGUGAAUGCUAGCCGUUAUUUCAUGCAAGGCACAACGACCGUCCCGUUGGACAACGUCACGCCUAUGAUGAACGCUAAUGUUACGAAUAAUAAAGGAAUAUGCGGCGCGGCGAGUAGCCCGAGAACCAGGUUAACCAAAAUGUUAUGCGAAACUACCAAUCCGGAAGAGAAACGAAAAAUCAUAGGCGACGUUUUCGUAAGAGUCGCAAACGAGGCGAUGGCGGAGAUGGGAUUGAAGCCGGAGGAUGUAUUCCUUGGACAAGGUACCCUCAGGCCCGAUCUUAUAGAAAGUGCAAGCUCCUUAGUCAGUGGUAAAGCGGAUGCCAUAAAGACGCACCACAACGACAGCGAACUUGUGCGAGUGUUAAGAGCGCAAGGACAUGUAGUCGAACCAUUGAAAGAUUUCCAUAAGGACGAGGUGAGACAAUUGGGAUGCGACCUUGGAUUACCGGCGGCACUGGUCGCGCGUCAUCCGUUUCCCGGUCCUGGACUCGCAGUACGAAUCCUGUGCGCGAGUGACGCUUACAUAGAAAAGGAUUUCUCCGAAACACAGGUUAUAGUCAAAAUAAUGGCCGAGUACGAGCAGAUGCUUCAGAAAAAACACGCGUUGCUGAAUCGGGUGGAAGGGGCAACCACUGAAGCCGAACGUCAACAACUCCGCAGGGUCUCGAGUCAUCGUCAUAUCGCAGCAACUCUUCUGCCUAUUCGUAGCGUAGGAGUUCAGGGCGAUCGGAGAUCUUACAGCUACGUAGUAGGUUUAUCGUGUGAAGAGACUGUAUCCGAGGGAAUGGAGUGGGAAGAUCUGUUGUUCGCGAAGCUAAUCCCCCGUGUGUGUCACAACGUGAAUCGCGUGUGCUAUAUCUUCGGACCGCAGCUCCAUCAUCCAAUCCAAGAGAUCACGUCCACGUAUCUCACCUCCAAUGUGAUAGCGACUCUGCGACAGGCGGAUCAUUUGGCUAACCAAGUGUUAAGUGCGAACGGCUGUAUGGGAGCCAUCAGCCAGAUGCCCGUUGUUCUGAUCCCGAUACACUUCGAUCGCGACGCGACAUGCCGGCUGUCUUGUCAACGUUCCGUUGUGCUCAGGCCGUUCUGUACUAAUGAUUUUAUGACCGGCACGCCUGCCAUUCCUGGCAAAGAUUUGCCAAUACACGUGGUGAAAAAGAUGGUAACUGAAAUAUCCACGGUGCCCGGAAUCUCACGUGUUUUAUAUGACCUAACGUCUAAACCGCCGGGAACAACAGAAUGGGAGUAGUGAACGCUCAUCUGGCCCCUUUCUAUUUUUCACCAUCCCUGCGCGCGUAACGACAAAGUGAAAAAAGUAUAUUUAAAAUAUAUAUAUAUAUAUAUAUAAUAUAUUAUAUAAUAUUACGAAAGAGAUACACGAAUUCGAGUUGAUGACUUCUUACUAUUUAUACAAGACCUUCGAGCAAACUUUUUCAGCGAAAGGUACGCAUUAAACGAAUCGUGUAUUACUGGCUUCUCUAGACAAAGAAUGGCAUUUUUGCGUUCGAUUAAAAACUUAAAGGUAAAAAAAAAUAUUAUAUAUACGUUUGCCUGUAAAUAGGUUUCUUAUAUUUACUACACUUUCGUUAUACAAGUCCUUAAUUUAUUAAAUUUCCGAGAUUUCGUAAUCACAAUCAUUUUUAUUACAUCUCGAAUCAUUGCAUCUGAUCGACGGUACCAUUAGAUUGUUGUUGUAUUCUAUCUGCAUAUAACGUUGAACAUGCUUCACGGUUCUUCUAUAUGUCUUAUGCCAAGUGCAGUUCUCAAUUUUUGUUAUACAUCUGCAAUAAGGAUGUAAGAGAAUACAUAAUAAUAUUCAUGUAUCAUAAUGUCGAAUAUUAUUAUUUAUCGCUCUUUGUAUUAUAUAUACGUUGUAUUUGGAUUAUAUAUACGUUUACUAUAUACAAAUGAAUUUAAUACAUAGACAAUAAAUUACCUAUGCAUGGUUUUCAACAAAAUAUGUAAAUCCUCGAUGCGUUUCUUUUGUGGAAGCAUGCUGAGAAAUGUCGCGAGUGACAGAAAGUCCACUUCGUUCACGACAUUAGACUUAGUGACCCACGUUUGUAUCUGCAUUUUUACCUGUAAAAGCAUUCUGUUCAAUUCAGUCAUGUUGAGGUCAAACAAAAUAUCUUUAUAUAUUUUAAUACGGUUUUCUCAACAAUAAUCCCAUAUGUAUAUAUUAAUUGAUGAAAUUAUGACAAAGCAGACACACGACUCUCCAUUAAAAUUCUAAACAAUAUAUAUCGAAAAGGAAAGAAGGGGAAGGAGAGCUUCAUUAUAUUAUAAAGGUCGGACGAAUAUCGACUACACGAAUAUCGCUGGUAGUUUAAUAGAAAAUUUUCUAAUUGUGCUAGACAUCUAUUAAAAAGAUUUUUUUUCCUUUUUAUUGAACUAUAAUUUAAUGUAGCGUAAGAAAAAUCGAAUCAUUUCUGAGUUAUUUAUUUCAAUGAUGUACGGUAAUAAGUGAUGAAAACAAGUGCGUUAACGAUUUAUACCACACGUUUGUUUAUAAACUAGAUCUAAGUUUUUAAAGUGUGGUCAUUUCUACUUGUAUGAUAGGAGAGUGAAUCUAGAACUGGAAUUAUACCCCGUAAUAAAAUGGCACUGCGCAAUUUACUGUGAUAAGCUAAUAAUUCUCACGAAAUAUUACCGACUUUUGUUUAUCAUUUUAUUGUUUAUCACAUAAAUCUUUCAUUACUGUGCCAAUGUCACAGUUACCAUUCAAUGUUCGGCAUGAUGGUUAUAAUUCAUAUUUGCAUGUUAAAUACUACUGAUAUUACAUACAGAUUGAAUUUAAAUAUUUAAUAUAUACAUAAGCCCACAAAUAUUUGCAGAUAAAGGAAAACGUCACAUUUCGAAAUUUUUUUUGUAAAAUAUAAAAUUAAUAAAUAUAAGGAGAGAAAGAGAGACAGAAUUCUGAUAUGUGUCAUUAUAGCAAUAACAGAAAAAUGAUUUGUAUUAGUAAAGAAUAAUUUCGUACAAUAUUUAAUAUCAAUUGGAAUUAUUACGUGCGCCAGAUGUCAAAAAAAAGAUAGAAUACGCAAACACUCAGUUCCUACUUAAUAAUUUGUUUUAACGAAUAAUUAUAUGGUACCUGUUGUAACGGAAGAGCGAAAAGAUGAUUCACGAGAGUAAUCAACAUUUCCUGAUGUUUAUCUAUGUUCUCAUUGUUAUGUAAAAUACUUAAAUUCUGUAAAAUAAAGGUAUCGGCUUUAUCCAU